AUGGCUCCCGAAAAUUUUGCAACAGCAGCUGUUGUAAGCUUGUAUCUCGCUCUCUUUUCCCUGCAACGGCCCACGUGGCAAAAGCUGUACGAUUUUGAAGUGUCACGCCCAAGUCUCUUCGACACGUACAACAUAAAAGAAUUGCAAAGCCUCCGCACGCUGCUAUGUUCUUCAACCUUCUCGCGAGCUCCUUCAAUUCCACUCCAUGUGCCCACACGACACUCGCAAACUCGACCAAAACCCACCACCACCACCAAAACGAACAUGCAAGCAAUCGCGCGACAGAGCCCCAACGGUUCAUCAUCCUCCACGGCCAAGCAACGCCUGAUAGAACGGCGAGUCAGAGACCUGAUCCUGCACAAGAGUCAGCUCGUGGACGUCCCCCACACGGCGUCGCUCACCGAGACCAUGAACGCACUUGUCACCAACCGCGUGUUGGCGGUGCUGGUGGCUGCGCCGCCAGGGCGCUGGAUCGGGGCAGGCGGGUCCAUGAUCAUGGAGGCCGGCCAGGAGACCGGCACCGUAAGGAAGCAGUACAUAGGAAUAGUGACCAUGCUUGAUAUACCGGCUCACAUAGGAGGAGAUGAUGAUGGUGUUGAGAAAGCAAGUGAUGACCAGAGCGAUUUAGAGAAGAAGAUGGCCACCCCGGUUUCGGCCAUCAUCGGGCAUAAUCUUGAAGGGCUCAGUCUCUGGACAUUUAAUCCUAAUACUAGCAUCCUGGAUUGUAUGGAAGUGCUUAGCAAAGGAAUCCACAGAGCCCUAGUGCCAAUAGACAGCCGCAUUGAGAAUAUUCCAGGAGUCGAGCUAGUGGAGUCUGCCCCUUCCUAUGGAAUGCUUACUCAAAUGGACGUGGUCCGGUUCUUGAAGGACAAUUCCUCUGAGAUGGAAGGCAUUGUAACGUGCUCCAUCAGGGAAUUAGGGGCCAUCAGUCGGAAUGUUUAUGCGAUUACAGACCGAACCAAAGUUUUCGAGGCCAUCAAGUGCAUGAGGGCCGCUAUGAUUAAUGCUGUUCCCAUAGUUGCUUCGGAGGAAUUUGAGCAUGAUCACAGCCAGCUUUUGGAUCUAGAAGGCCAGGGUCGGAAGCUGAUGGGCACAUUUUCGGCGACUGAUCUGAGGGGGUGUCACUUGGCCACGCUGCGAUCCUGGUUGUCCACGAUGGUGCUGGACUUCACCGAGAAGAUCUCGAAGAGCCCAUUAUACACCGCAGCCGCCCCCGGCGAGGGCGGCACGAGGCUGAGAGUGCACAUGACGUGCACCGACGGGUCGUCCCUCGUGGAAGCAAUGGACAAGGCUGUGGACAAUCACGUGCAUAGGGUCUGGGUCGUGGAUGAGCAGGGGUUGCUCACCGGCGUCGUUUCCCUCACCGGCAUGAUCCGAGCGUUGAGGGUUGCAAUCCUGUCCGCUUAGAGCGCGUAUGAUCAAAGACAAGAAAAGUACGAGGAGUAAAGACAAGGAUGUGCCAAAAAUUUCUAAGGUCAUGGUCUCCAUCAUUAGCGCUUUAAUUAGUCGGUUUUGAUAAUAAUCACACUACUUCAUUAGGCUAUGAGAUAAUUUUAAAUGAAAGAUCGAGCUGAGGAGGUCUGGAAUUUUUGCUUGUGAAACGAGAGAUGUCGAGGCAAUUUUCUUACCAAAAACACGACCGGAGGUUGCUCCAUGUGAAGCUGAGAUGGGUGGUGUAAAGAUCCCACGCAUUCGUGCCGUGUCGCCAACGUCGUUCGUUUGAAUUUAAUGUUACCUGCUCCAUUAAAUAAAAGGCGCAGUUAGUGCCGAUUUGUUUGUUGAUUUGUCUCAAAACGUACG